AUGUCCGAGGAAAUUAGUGACGACUUUAUACGAUCAUGGAUAGAGAACAAAAUUUGUUUAUCGAAAUAUAGCUUUGAUAGUAUCUGGAACGAUGAUUAUAAUAAAAUAGUUCACAAUUGGAUUUUCAAUGCUAGCUCUAAAAUAUUAUAUAUUUAUAUACCAGAUUGUGAUCCCAUAAAGCUAAGCUUCUCUUUUGACGUACCUAAAGAAAUAAUAGAUGAGUCAAUUAAUGAGUACAUAAUAUUUCUAAAGCUCAAUACUAAAAAAAUAACAUAUGAUAAUAUUGAUAAUGUAAUUUUGUAUAAUAAAGUAAAAUGCAAUAUAAAAGAAAAUAUUUUAAAUUUAAUGGAUAGAGUAUUUAUCCCAUUACUAGACAUGAAAAAUAAAUCUUCAAUAAUCAUACAAAAUGAUUUUAAUAUGACCACUAUAGAAUUUAUGGCAUAUAUAACACAGUUAUUUGCCAAAAAUAAACUAAUUUACUAUCCAAAAAUCGAAGCGGAUGAUAUCCAAAAUUCUGGAGCCGAUAAAAGUUAUGUUCAGAUAUUCGAAAGGUUGUUGAACCAUUGGAUAAACGACAUCCAAAAAAUAUUUAAAAAUGUAAAAUAUUUAACAUAA